GUACCGUGGUCGUGCUCUUGUCCGAGAUCCUGUUCCUUGCCUGUUUGUCAUCUGUGAGUUUGGUGUCCUGCCUUAUUUUUCUCCUCCGUGUUUUUAAGACGUUGUGUCGAGUUUAUUUUGUUAGUCUUUUGCCCCCUCGUGGGAAGUGUUUUGUUUUGUAUUCCUCCUUUUUGUGCCUUAGUUCAUAGUUUCCGUUUCAUUUUUAGUCCUGUCUUUGUUACCCCCUCGUGGGUGUUUUGUUUUGAUUUAAUAAAGUUUUGUGUUAACCCCUUCACCGCCUGCCUGCAUUUGGGUUCUUCUGCCAGUCCUUGACACAGUGCCUCACUACCAUGAGGCUUCAAGGUUGUGCCAUCCAGUUUGGUUACAGAGAACCCAACAACAAUGAAAACAAAUGUUUACUAUGUUUAAUAUAUGGGUCCCAUAGCCUAUACGAGGCCACUGUGGAUACCCUGUAAAAAAUGAAAUGAUCAACAAAUCAUGGCAACAUAUGUUUUUAUGUUACUUUAACUAAAAAAGAACUUAUUAAUUUAAUUACAGCACAUUUAAAUAGCAUUUUCUGAAUCUUUUGCUUGAUGAUUUGAUGUUUACAGACAUGUGUCACAAGGGAAGUUUAUGGUGAGAAAUCAUUUUUCACAUAAGAAUCCAAAAUAUGUGAUUACAUAACAUUUCAGAACUUUUAUCCUGUAUGUCACAGAAUGACCCAUUCCAAUAUUUUCAGCCUCACCCUCUUUUCAUCAGCUAUAAAAAGGCGGCUGAUAAAGAGCCUGUCAUUUUAUUCUCUUCCCAACUGACCAAAGAUGCAGCUGAACAUCUUCAUUGUUCUCUUUUUGACUCUUUUCACUGGAGGACACUCGCUCAAGUGUUAUAGCUGUAGAGAUACAUCAGGUUCUUGUAGCACACAGACGACGUGUUCCAUGAAUGAUACAACCUGUGCAAGUGCAACAGUAGUUGGAACUCUGGAUGGCAAUACAGUUACCACGAAGUUUAAGGAUUGUUAUUCGCCACAGGCUUGUGGAAAUGGAUCUCUGAACUUGGGUGUUUUAAAGUCGGCGGUGUCUAUGCAGUGCUGUAACACAGACCUCUGUAAUAGCCAAGAUGUCCCAGAUUACGACACUCACGACGUCAAUGGAAAACAAUGUUACAGCUGUGAUGAGAAGAGUUGCUUUAGCAUUCUGAACUGUUUAGGAACUGAAGACUACUGCAUUACAGGAACAGAAAAUAUGACGUCUCUGCCAGUGACUUUAAAAGGAUGCGCCUCUAAAUCUGUCUGUGAUGCCACAUCACAAGCGACUGGAAGAUUUAGCUACUCCUGCUGUCAGGGGAAUCUGUGUAACAACGCCAAGAGCAUCACUCAGAGACGUGUCCUUCCAUGGCCUUUCUUCUAAAUUCUCUUCCAAUGAAUUCAACGAACCUUCACAUUCUAACAUACUUUAUAGUGGGACUACAAAUAUUGAUGCUUUUCUUGUUUAUGCAACUGCAAAAUACUGAUACAAAAAUUUUGUAACUGUAAUUAGUGUUAUCCAACAGUAGGUGUAUGGAAGUAUAUGAAUGCCAUUAGUCUUUGAAGCAUGUUGAAUCACCACUAAUCAAAAAUAAAUUUGUUGCA